AUGAUCAUAAAGGAUUGGAAAAAAAUAAAAAAUGAUCAAGAGAGAAAUUUAAUGAUACGAAGAGCGCAAACUGCACGAAUCAUUAUUAUUUGUUCCUACUGCAUAAUGGCAUUACAAUGGACUUUUAUUUCUGUGCUGCCAAUUUUUGGAAUGGCAAUGAGACUGACAUCCAAUAUUACUGAUCCAGGAAAGAUACCAAUGCCUUUACAAUCUCACUACAUUUACGAUAUAACAAAAAGUCCACAACGUGAAUUAACAUUUAUUAGUCAAGCAGUUUAUUUACUUAUCGCCGCGAUGGUUUAUAGUGGAGUGGACAAUUUUCUCAGUCUCAUGGUUUUUCAUGUAUGCGGACAAUUGGACAUUCUUGCGAAUCGUAUGCAACAUUUGGAUAAAUACAAAAAUUAUCCCAAAGUACUGAAACGCUGCAUAGAAAAACAUAUUCGUUUACUUAGAGCUAUUAAUAUCAUUGAAGAUACUUAUAAUAGAAUACUUCUCUCUUUAUUUAUAUAUUUUGCGAUUAUCUUUGCUUUCUAUGGAUUUCGGAUAAUUAGCCUAUUCAAUGAGGGAAAUGAUAUGUCGAUCACUCACUUAAUCUAUUUCAUAUGGACUAUUAUCAAUUUAUUUGCACACAUGUGCCUAUAUUGUGUCCUUGGGGAAAUUUUAGUGGCUCAGUGCAACAAGAUAUACUAUGAGGCAUAUAAUAGUAAAUGGUACACUAUGGAUCCAAAAGUUGCAAGAGAUUUAUUACUCUUAAUGAAAAGAGGUUCUAAACAGAUUUGUCUUACUGUUGGAAAAAUGUAUCCUGUUACAUUGGCCACAUUUUGCAGUUUAAUAAAAACAUCCGUUGGUUACAUAUCUGUUUUGCAUACAAUAAGAAAAUGA